AUGGAAGUAUUUGUGCCAUUCCCCAAUUACUUUGAAUCCGGGUGUCUUCUCUACCACUUAGUGUUUGUUGCUUGUGGUGAAAUGAGUCUUCAAGAAGGCUCGACAACCUUCCGGCUAUGCUUCCUAAUCGAAACAGUUUCAUUGACAUUUAAUCCCGACCCGACAUACUGCCCUCACCAAGAGCCUUUCAGCCAAAUUGCUCACGGUCGAUAUCAAUUCUGCACGAAUUUUGCACUCUAUGUAUCUUCCUUUCUCGAAUGGCGACACAAUACCCCCCCCCGCGAAACUUACAGCAAAUCCUACCUUGCUAAAACUAAUUGCGACCGACAGAGCGAGUCAAGCUUUCUUUUAUCAGGUACAAAAUUUCUUUCGACUUUUGAUGAGGUAAGUCACCCGGUGAUCAUGAUUUCAAUCAGUCUAUUAAACUCACAGCAACCUGGUAAAGCCCUAAAACAAAAAUAA